UGGGAGGAAGCGUCCUUGCAGUGGCUGCAAUUGACAGCAAAUGCGUGCGUUUGAGGAUGUAAAUCCGUGGCAGGUUAGAUGCAGCUGUCAGCAACAGGAUCAGCAUCCCUCCACACGGGAAUCACUCUUUGAGAGAGAGAAAUAAAAGGAGGAAUAUUUGAUCAACAGUCAGAACUACCAUCCAUACGAACUGCGCUCGAUCACAAUGCCAGGCUUGUUAAAUCAAUCCACAUGGGCACCUCUCCCUUUAAAAGCUUCCUGCAUCAAAGCCUGCACUAAUGGCUACUCACUCAGGGUAUCUGCAAGCCUUACUUACACCAACCCAGAAGCGGAACCAGUAGAGGGCGUGUUUGUUUACCUGCUGGAGGAGUCCGAAACAGUGGUUGCCUUUGAAGCCUUCACAGCAGGAAGAUCCGUAACAAUUCAGAUAAAGAAUCGGGGUCGAGCAAAAGACUGCUGUUUUGACUGUUGCAGCCAUGCUAACCUAGCUAUACAGUGUAACAAUGGUCAUCUGUUAUUGGACGAAGAUAUGCAGAGAACAACCUUCAUCGUUAGCACUGGGACGAUUGCCUCCCUGGAAACCAUGACAAUAUUUCUCAGUACCACAGUGGAACCUCAGACACAACAAAAUGGCACCAUGCAAGUGGUAUUCUCUUCUGUGUUAAUGCCUCUGGUACGCAGCAAUGAGGGGAAGAUUGAGUCUGCAAAAAGCGAUGAACGAGAUUUUAGCUCAACUGGUUGUUUUGGAGCACGAGGGUUUAAACCAGAGAAGUCAUUGACUGGUGGACACCGCAGUUUAUCAGAGAUCAUCACUGAACAAGUAUUCAACCCAGUACCAUAUGAGUUGAGCUUUGAGAUGCUGGUGCGAGGUCCCUGCCUCCUAGCAGGGGUGGAGAGUCCCACGCAUGCACUGAGGGCCGGUGCAGAUCCUAUCGCCAGGUCAGCUUCAACUUUAUACAUCACAUUGGCAGAGAAACACCAGUAUGACAGGAACCUCAAAAUAAUUCUACAUCCGUGUGAGCCUCAUGUUCCACACAUUUUGCUGGAGGAAGGUAGGAUGAGUUUUGAGGAGUACGAACGGCACAUUAAAAAUAGACGGGACUUCAGCAGAGUAAUGACGAAAGACUCUAACACAGAUAAAAAGGUUGAUUUUGUGCGGAAGCGCUUUCAUAAAGACAUCACAUUCAAUCCCGUGCUGAUGCUGAACUUCUGCCCGGAUCUCCAAGGCAUCCCAACCGACUUUGGAAAUGUGACCAGAGAAAUUAUAUUCCUUAUCGAUAGAAGUGGCAGCAUGAGUGGCAUUAAUAUAGAGAAAAUAAAGGAAGCCAUGGUAGUUGUCAUUAAAAGUUUACCACCUGGAACGUUACUGAACAUAAUUGGCUUCGGUUCAAAUGUGCGGACUCUUUUCUCUUCCAGCCAACCGUGUAAUGAUGAGACCUUAUCUUUGGCUUGUGAAUAUAUUCAGAGGAUGAGGGCUGACAUGGGUGGCACGAAUAUUCUUGGCGCAUUAUCCUGGAUUUUCAAGGAACCAGUGCAUCGAGGCUACCCUCGACAGCUCUUUAUUUUGACGGAUGCCUCAGUGAAGCAUGCUGGGAAGAUUAUCGAGCUGGUGCGAAGAAAUGCCAAUUCUGCAAGAUGUUUCAGUUAUGGGCUGGGACCUAAUGCCUGCAAACGGUUGUUGCGUGGUGUUGCGAAGGUUACAGGAGGGACUGUUGAAUUUUUCAAUGAAGGUGAACGAUUACAACCAAAAUUAAUGAAAUCGUUAAAGAAAGCUAUUGAGCCUGCUGUGAGUGACAUUACCAUUGAAUGGUAUCUCCCAGAUACUUUAGAAGUUCUCCUUUCUCCAAGUGAAAUUGGACCUUUGUAUCCAGGUGACCAUUUCAAUGGAUAUGGUGUCAUUUAUGAUCUGUCUGGAUUUCAGAGGAAGAAGAAUGUGGUGAAGCAACACAUCUCUAAAACAACAUUAAAAGGGUCAACCAAUUCAAUUUUUCAGGCUCAAGAUGAGCCUUAUACAUCAGCCCUGACUGAUGGAAUCAAACCAUCUUUCCCUGUUGAAAAGAAUGACAUUGAGCAAGCCUUAAAAGAGAUUUCCCGUGAGAUUUCAAUAGAGUUUUCAAGUUCUAAUGCCGAGGAGAAUGAAAAAUGUAAAGGUAAAGACUCGGAAACUGAUCCAUUUAAUGACUUACGGAGGCGUAUAUCCCAUUCUUCAUACAUCCAGGAACAAUAUAAACUGACACACUGUUCCAUCUGCAGUGAUAAAGGAAUUGGGCUGCAAAAUGCAUCUUCCCAUGGCUCAAAUAACAGUGACUCUACAGAACUUCAGGACAUUGACAGGGGAACAACAUCCCUCCCAUAUGGUUUGGAAAAUAUUGCACAUCAUGGUCAGAAAGGUUUGCUGCACUGGGAAUCACCGAAAAAAGCAGCAUCUAAUUUUGAAUUAGUUGACGAUAAAGACACUGUAAGCCAUGACCAUUCUUUGGAUGAAGCAAGAAGGAAAAGAAAACUGAUAGCACAAGCAGCUUUGUCUGGCCGGAGUUUUUCUUCACCAAAUGGUCAACUGGACAUGCGUCAUCUACGCAAGGCCUUGGAGAAGGUUUCCACAGACCAGAUUCUAAAUUGGUCUGUUGGGGGAAGAAUAAAUGAUAUUGGUUGUGAAUCCCAACAAUUUCAAGCUGAUGCUUUCUCCAGGAGGAACCUCAAUGAUUCCAACACCUUACUGUUCCAAAUGCCCACUCCUGACUGGGACACUUUCUUUGAUCCUGAGAAUCUUUUCUCCCCAGCGGCCCCAGAGGAACCGAGUUUAAGUGAAGUGAAUGAUGCGCCCAUAAUGCAGUGUAAAUCAGUGAUUCAUGGCUUGAUGUGUGGGAAAUCAGUGACCUGGGAGGUAGUUGCUAACCUUUCCUCCCUCUACCAUGCACCAUCAGAAUGGGAAUCAACACAAGUCACUGAAAAUCCAUGGGAUGAGAUCCUCCAUCAGCUAACUGCACGAUCAGUCAUUAGAGACUUUGAAAAUAUGGCUGAGAAAGAGAGUGAAAUUGAAUAUGGAUCAUCUAGAAGAUAUCGCCUGAAAACCAUUCAGACAAGCAGAGCAUGUAACAGCGUGUCCAAGUACACAACCAUCAUCCCAAUAAAUGCUGCCACACAGAAAUCUUUAACAUCGUAUGUGGAAAUACGAAGUGCGGGAAGUAAAUUCAACCAAACCCAAGGCUCUUGCUCAGGAACCAAGCGGCAGAGAAGCUAUUCUGUUGGAUUGGGCCGAAGGCACGCAAACCAAGAUUCUGAGGACUUAGAUGAGUUGCUCGUAUCAACAGAGAAAGAAGAAAUUCCAGCUUCUCCAACCAGCAUGGGCUCUUCCUCAUCCUCUGGGUGGGAAAGACAAAGUAUCCUAGAUGACACAGCUAAUUCCCACUGUGAGGAGGUCGUCAUGGAAAUCAUUGACUUGGAGGCUGAAGUGUUUGGAGAGAACAGUGAUCCUGGUAAUGCACAGAGCCCAUCAACAGUCUCGGUACGAUCACAAAAAUCAUUUGAAAGUUUCUUUGGAUCCAGAUUCAGCCUGGGAAGGUACAGAAGCCCUAGUCAGACAGGGAAGUACAUACCAAUAAAACCCAACUGUUUGUCUAUCAAGCUGGACACCUCUCCUGAAGAAGUGAUUAAUGAUUAUCUGCCACUGGUGCAAUUACAGUUGGCAUCUGGAGCAUUUCUCCUCAAUGAAGCCUUUUCUGAAGCUGUUCAGAUUCCCCUGGAUCGACUGAGAAGAGCUUCACCAUUCCCAUGUCAUCGAGCAAGUCUUAGCCCAACUUCACGGUGCGUGUCAUCACGUACAUCGAGCAGCAAAACUGAAACUUCCCUCAGAAUGGAGACCUCCAUCCAGUGUGAAAAUGAGACAGAAUGUAGUGUUAGUAAGAACCUGCAUUCACUGUCUGAAAAUGAUCAAGGAAAUAAUGAAGGAAAUAGAGAAAUUUUAAAGAAAAUUACAUGGUGUGACCAUGAAGGUGUUUUAGAUGGCAAUAAUUCUCCAGCAAGCCUCCACAAUUCAUUCAGUGCCAGUACUGACGGUCUGAGCACCAGCCUUCAGCAAGUUGAUAGUGGCAGGGGCUCUGAAACAGAUCUAUAUGAAAACUCACCUGUCACCUCAGAAACCAGUGGUGCCUUUUACGAGUCAGCAAGCGAUCUGAAUACACAGUGCUACGAUUUGGAAGGUAUGAGCUGGGCAACUGCUGUGGCGCUGGGAUGGCUUGAACAUCAGUGUGCUGGAUACUUUCUGGAAUGGGAGCUCAUUGCUGCCAAGGCAGACACAUGGCUGCACUCACAGCAGCUUCCUGAACAUCAAACUGUCAAUGGACUGAAGGGAGCAACUCGACAACUUUUCCUCCUGCUCCGUCACUGGGAUGAGAACAUUAAGCUCAAUAUGUUGUGUUAUAAUCCCAAUAAUAUGUAAAUGUAGACGUUCAGUGAUACUGUGUACUUUAUAAAAACUUUAAAUUGCAGCACAGAAAAUUAAAUUAUAAUGCCUGAAUGAAAAAAAGCAAAUACAUAAAAAGAAACUCUGCAACUUUGGAUGGAUUAUAGCUUUUUCUGCUAUUUAAGUGAUCAUUGUGACUGUAGCAUUCUAUUAAUUAUAAAAUGCGUGGUGCAGAUUUCAAAAUAUAUACUUUCUACCACGUAUGAAAAAGAUUCUGAUACUGAUUGUUGAAUUAUAAAUAUCAUAA